GACGAGGAGGUGUGGAGUACAGGCAGUAAGAAUGUGUUCGAUAUUAGAGAAGGGAGGAUCUAAACUCAAUUUGUCUGCUUACUGAAACUCUGCUUCAACUUUUUAUCAUUUAAGAGCACCAAGAAGGAAGAGGGAGAGAGAAAGAAAAAGGGAGUGGAAGAGAGGUGCAGCUGAGAGAGACAGCCUCUUAGAGCUUUGAGGCAGAAGUGAUGGAUUCAGCUCACCACAAAGUGACAGUCUUCUAAAGUGCCAAAGGCACUUUUAUCUGUCCUCUGCUGGAAAGGACUGAGAUGACUAGAGAGUGAGUAAUGAGGAAAACACAGGAGGACAAAUCCAGCUCUCAUUUGGAAUGACUUUCUAUCAGGAGGAACUACAGUUGGAUCAGCUACCAUUGCAAGACAACUGAGGAAGCCUCAUCAAUACAAUUUUCUUGCUUGGUGAAUUGCACACAACCUCAUGGAUACCCCGUCAAUGGUCCUACUGGGACUCCUUCUUUCUUAUGGGCUCGUCUGUCAGAUUGAUGGGUUAGCCCAAGAAUUUGAAAGUAGUGACGAUGGUUUGGAGAGAGAAUUUCUAUAUGCAGGGAGAAGCAAACGCGCUCCUGUUGACCAGCCGCAGGACAAAUGCUCUUACACUUUCAUCGUGCCGCAGCAAAAAGUGACAGGGGCUAUUUGUGUCAACUCCAAGGAGCCAGAGGCCACGCUGGAGAAUCGGGUCAAUAAGCAGGAGUUAGAGCUACUAAAUGUGGAGCUACAAAAGCAGAAAACGCAAAUCGAGACUCUUCAACAAUUGGUAGAAGUUGAUGGAGGCAUUGUUAACGAAGUCAAGCUUCUGAGGAAAGAAAGCCGAAACAUGAAUUCCAGAGUCACCCAAUUGUACAUGCAACUCCUCCAUGAGAUCAUCAGGAAGAGAGACAAUGCCCUUGAAUUAGCUCAGGUGGAGAACAAAAUACUUAACCAAACUUCAGAGAUGCAACAACUGACCAGUCGCUACAAAGACUUGGAGCACAAGUACCAGCACUUGGCCUCUUUGGCCACCAACCAGUCAACUCUUAUUGCCCUGCUGGAGGAGCAGUGCCAGGGUCGACCUCCUUCCCGACACGUCCCCGUGCCACAGCCACGGGCUCAGCCUCCUCGACCGUCACCACCUCUUACCAGGCCUUACCAGCCGCCAGUUCUUCCUCGUAUUACCAAGCCACUCAGCAAUGAGAUACAGAAUGAUCAGAAGUCUCUUCCGCCUCCGACUAUGCCUACCAUCAUACAUAACCCAUCCUCCACUGACAAACCCUCAGGUCCAUUUAAAGACUGCUUGCAGGCUCUGGACGAAGGCCACACCAACAGUGGCAUGUACUUGUUAAAACCAGAGAAUGCCAACCGUCUAAUGCAAGUGUGGUGUGAUCAGAGACAUGACCCAGGUGGCUGGACCGUAAUCCAGAGGAGAGUGGACGGCUCUGUCAACUUUUUCAGGAACUGGGAGACAUAUAAGCAAGGGUUUGGAAACAUCGAUGGCGAGUACUGGCUUGGUCUGGAAAAUAUCUACUGGCUGACUAACCAGGCAAAUUACAAGCUGCUGGUAACUCUGGAGGACUGGUCUGGCAGGAGGGUGUUUGCCGAGUAUGCCAGCUUCAGAGUCGAGCCCGAGGCUGACUUUUAUAAGCUACGAGUGGGUCGUUACCAUGGCAACGCCGGCGACUCCCUCACCUGGCACAAUGGAAAACAAUUCACAACACUGGAUAGAGACCAUGAUGCAUAUACAGGAAAUUGCGCUCAUUACCAGAAGGGAGGCUGGUGGUACAACUCUUGCGCCCAUUCCAAUUUGAAUGGCGUUUGGUACAGAGGAGGCCACUACCGGAGCCGUUACCAAGAUGGAGUCUACUGGGCAGAGUUCAGGGGAGGAGCUUACUCACUAAAGAGAGUGAUCAUGAUGAUCCGUCCAAAUCCCAACACUUUCCACUAGCUAUUAAAAAAACAUGCUGCAUUUCCCUGAACAAAACACAAAAGAUUCACAGCGGCUUUUUUACCAUCACAGCAUCUCAUAAUCAUUAGUACAUUGCUCAGGUACAUUAUUGUAUAGUGCAGCGUGAACUGUUUCUCUUACGUCCCCGCUUAUUUGCACCAAUCUGCGAGAAAGACUUUAAAGAAGACAUUUGAGAGCUGAAAAUAAAAGUGUGUUAGCAAGCAGGUCAUGAAAGCAACGUACUGUAUAGAGUCACUGGUUCACUUGUAUCAUAACAGUCUGUCCAGGGAACAAGGUUCAUAUUUAGAGUUCAUCAUAAAGCCCUGAUGUGAUCUAUUCUACAAAUGUAUUUAUGACCCUUCCAGUUGACCUUUGUGUGACAGAAAAUACAAGUUUACCCAUUCAUCGAUCAAGUUUCCGUAUAAUUUCUUCUCAUUAAUUUUGUGCAAUCUAGACUGGUUGUCAUCUUAUCACAGGGUGCAUAUACAAUAGAUAAACAAUCAUUAACAAUGUAUCAUAUGGCGGAUUUUAGUUCACUUCAUCCAACAUUCUACAUGUCGUGGAUGUGAGCGGGAGAAAAGUACCUGGAGAAACCCCACACAAGCUUUGGGGGAACAUGCAAAUUCCCCCCAAGUGGGCCUGACUGGAAAACCCAGGACCUCUUGACUAAGAGGCAGACGUGAUAACCAGCACAAGUUUAAUCAUGAUUUCAAAUAACAUUGAAAAGGGAAUCACGUCAGUUAGGUAGAAUUUCGGCAGGAAUAUAUUUUCUACAUACAAUGUAUCCAUGCAGUAUCAGACACAGGAAAUGUAUCCCAUGACUAUUUUUAACUUCAUUUUAAAUGUAUGAUCAGUGCAGUGACAUUGUUUUCUACUUAAGUCAAAUUAUGGUGUAAAAUUAUUGCAGUUUUCAUGUUCCCUGAUGUUUGACUUUUUGACAUACAGAAUGUUGUUUCUUUUUUGUUAUUUUAAUUCUUCAACUGCUUAAAAUGUUAUCUGUCAAUUUGUCUGUAUGAGCUCAAGCAUUGUAUUUACUGUACAAAUUGAGAGGUUUGAUGAUGUUAAUGGAAACAAAUAUGCGUUUGUACAUAAGAUAUUUGUAAUAUAAUGUAGUAAAUCCAUUUAUGGUACAAAAAAAAUCGCAAUAAAAUGUGUACAGAUUU